AUGCGCGCCUGGGUACGCAAGCGGUGCGGUCCCCCCGACAGCGUCCUGGAGCUAGCGACCCUCCCCACGCCCCCCAUACCGACAGGCCAAUCAUCCGACGUGUUGAUCCGAGUAUCGCACGUGUCUCUGCAAUACAGUACCGAGAUGUUAAUCCGGAUGAUUCCCAUCCUGCCCCUCACGGGACCAUGGAUCCCGGAGAUCGAGCUCUCCGGGGAAGUGGUAGCAGCGGGUGCGGGGGCCCCAUCUGAAUUGCGGGAUCCGGGCACUCCCGUCGUUGCAUUCCAGAACAUUUUCAAUGCGGCAAUGGACAUGGCGUCGGCUUCGGGGAUUAAUGGUAGUGGUAGUACCGCCCUGAAGAUGCUUCGCACGGGGGGAGUGCGUGAGGGCCACACGGUGCUUGUUAAUGGAGCUAGUGGCUCGGUCGGCUCGGUCUUGGUCCAGCUAUGUAAGCUGCGCGGCGCUAAGGUCGUUGGUGUGGCUAGCGGCGCUAACGAGGCCAUGGUGCGAGAUCUGGGUGUCGACGAGUUCAUCGAUUACCGCAGUCAUGACUCUCUACCAGCCUACCUGGCACAUCAGUUCGGGGAUAAGCCACUUGACUGUAUACUGGACUGCGUUGGCUCGCAGGCGAUUUUCGCACAUUCGCCCGCCUAUCUCAAACCUGAGGGUAUGGUGGUCAAUAUUGGCACGCUGGAGGGUGCCUGGGCUACAACACGCAAUGUGCUCUCGAAUAUGUACCUUCCCACAUGGUUAGGUGGUGUUCCGCGUCGAUACAUCAUGUUUAGCACAACGCCAACAAGCGACAGUGCCGUCUAUGUGGCGCAACUGAUCAAGGAGGGCCGCUUGCGCAUUCCUGUCGACUCAGUCUUUAGCAUGGAGGACGCCGUGCGCGCCUACGAGCGUAUUGCUACCAAGCGUGCGCGAGGGAAGGUCGUGGUAAAGGUUCGCAAUGACUAGUGGACUGCGCUUUUGUUAGGCGCAUGGACAUUGCGAGAGCAAGAUGUUCAUUGUUCGUAGCUUUCCCUCAAUGUACGUAGGCAAAGGGGAUAUAUCACGAUGUUGUGAUCACUCAUUUGCCAGAGGAGGCUAGCAUGUAGGACCACAAGGCAUGAAGGGCAGCAGGGUGUGGAGGACAGUGGUUAUAGUCUGCCGAUGGAGGAUUUCUUUUCUAGUACCCUUUUUAAUAUUUUUGUCAUAAAUAGCUACCCCAUUCUCCAGUCGAAAAUGGUACUGUCAAAUUGAACAGCUGUGUUU